AUGUACGCAGCACGCGGUACUAUCGAGAUGAUCUCCGGCUCUGGCGAGCGCAGUUUCGAGGAUCAUGAAUGGCUAUUGGAUGUCACGAGUGAUGUCGACGAGGAAUUGCAUUACUCGCUCUGCAACCACCUAUUCGAGGGUGUAGUCAUAUGCAAAGACUACGUCCUGGGACCAUACGAGGUCGGCAAGCACAUCGUUCCUCCUCCACGGCCGAGCUCACCAUCAACUGCCGAGUACCGCCUUAAUCAUCUCAUGACCCGUAUCAAAGACCCGGAGAAGAGUUUGAAGUUCUACUGUGACUGCCUGGGCAUGCACGUUGUCUUCAUCUUCAAUGCUGGUCCAUUUACCAUUUACUACCUAGGACCACGAGAUAGUGGCAUGUCCACCCUCGGUACCUCAAAGGGGUUACUAGAGCUGUACCACAUCCCCGCAGACGCGUCUACGCCGUAUACCUCUGGCAACGACUACUCUAAUCCGGCGGGAAUCGGCUUCGGUCACAUUGGAUUCACAGUACCAGAUGUCCCUGAAGCACUGGAAAGGAUCAAAAGCUUUGGCUACGAGAUCAUCAAGCCGCUGGAUGAGGCGAAAGAGAAGCAGAUGGGCUUGCCCGCGGAGGCUGUAGAAGGGAAACACGGAACGGUACCAGACGGCUACAAGCAUGUCUUCAAACAACUGGCUUUCGUUAAGGAUCCGGAUGGUUAUUGGGUUGAGAUCGUACCUCAGGUGAUCAAACCGCCGAGCGGCUAG